AUGAGCCAACAAAGACAAAGCGGGGGCUGUUGCGGCGGUUCAGGAGGUGGCGGCGGCGGCGGCGGUGGUGGCUGCUGCUCUGGAGGCAGCAGCGGAGGCGGAGGCGGAGGCCAAAGCCAAAGCUCAUCCUGCUGCGGAAGAGGCGGCGGCGGAGGCGGAGGUCAAAGCCAAAGCUCAUCCUGCUGCGGAAGAGGCGGAGGAGGAUCUGGUGGCUGCUGCGGCGGUGGCGGUGGCGGUGGGAUGAUGCAAAUCCGCGGAGGAUCUGGCGGUGGAGGAGGAGGAGGCUGCUGCUGCUGCAGUGGAGGCGGCGGAGGUGGCGGACAGUCCGGCGGAAUCAUCAUUAUACCAAGUGGAGGCGGCCAGUCUUCUGGGUGCUGUGGUGGAGGUGGAUAUGGAGGUGGCCAGCAAAGGAUCCCCAUAGUUAUUGGCGGAGGAUCUGGAGGGGUUUGCUGUGGAGCUAGCGGCGGCGGUGCAGUAUGCUGCGGAUCAUCCGGCGGUGGUGGCGGCGGCGAGUCUUCUGGGUGCUGCGGUGGAGGUGGAUCUGGUGGUGGCAUGGGCCAGCAAAAGAUCCCCAUAGUUAUUGGUGGAGGAUCUAGUGGCGGCAGUGGGGGUGCAGUAUCUUGCAGCUCGUCCGGCGGCGGCGGCGGCGGUGGUGCCGUUUGUUGCAGCUCGUCUGGUGGUGGAAGCUCAGGUGGGGUUAAGGUUCUUGGAGGAGGAUCUGGUGGAGGAGGUGGAGGAGGUGGUGGAGGAUCUGGUGGGAAAACCAUCAUCAUAGGUGGAGGAAGUGGUGGGGGAUCUGGUGGGGGAGUAUGCUGCAGCUCGUCUGGCGGCAGUGGCGGUGGUGGUGCCGUUUGCUGUAGCUCAUCUGGGGGUGGAGGCUCAGGUGGGGUUAAGGUGAUUGGAGGAGGAUCUGGUGGAGGAGGCUGCAGCAGCGGCAGUGGCGGAGCUGUCUGUUGCAGCAGCGGCGGAUCUGGUGGUGGAUCCUCGCAGACCAAGUGCCCCAUUGUCGUCCCAGUAUGCAUUGGGCAAACAAAGCAGCCCUGCUCCAUGCCAAGCAUCAAGUAAAAUGCAACAUUUGCCAAGCAACCCAUGAUAAGCUAACUUUGCCAGUUCACAUCAGUGUCCUGACAACAUCAUGUAAGCCCAAAACACUUCUGCAUGUUGCUUUGCCCUUCCAUUAUUCAAUGGUGUUUUAUGUUUGCAUGUUCAGUGUGUGGCUCAUUCUUCAAUGUAAUUUAUGAAUGUGUGUGUGUUUGUGGUGGAUGAGAGUUUCCUCAUCCACCCACUGCUGCUGAUUUCCUUGUUUCAAUCUCCCUUAAUGCAAGGGAUUAAAUAAAGCUUACUUAGAAUCAA